GUUUCACGGUACCGAACCCGUUGCACAUCUUCACGGACAUCUCCAACUACGAGCGGUGUGGAGUUUUACCUAUGGUUUACUUUCACAAUGGCCCAGUCGUAGUCGAGAAACGCAUUCAGCGCCGGUUAUUCACUCUGACGCAGGGUCAAGACCUUGUUGGUCACGAUCUCGAUCUCAUCGGGUACGCGGGCGUGGACGGCAUGAUUGGUCACCUCAACCUGUUCAUCGCAGGGGUCCUGCACCGGGAUCCGUCUGUCGGCAACUUACUGAUCGACCCGAACCCAGGCGUGCGCACUGACGAGCAGAUUUUCAACAAUAAUUGUUUGCGCCCCGACAAAUUUGAAUUCCUGAAGACUAUUGGUCACCUGAAACGAUGCUAUGGCUAUCUCAUUGAUAGCGAUCUUGCUAUUCGUUGGAAGGACCAGCGCGAAGCCGCGAGACAUCGAUCGG